GUCGUCGUAGAGGAGCUUGCGAACGUAUAGGGAGGAAGCGCAAGAACUAGAGUGGUUCAUUAGGUCCAUGAUGGGCGAAGGCAACGUUGCGGACAGGGGGCCGCAGUAACGCCACAUAAUACGAGCAUGCGCCCGUCCCUGCGCGUCGCGUACGUUCCCUCACCAUCGAUUGAACAUCCGUCUUGUUUUCCUGGUCAUCGCUUGCUCAUUCUUGUAUACUUUUGUAACGAAUUCCUGACGAGAUGGCACCAUACCUUGAGCGCGUGAAGUCCUUUGCCGAUGUGCCCGUGACCGACGCUGGCGUCGACACUCUGCAGUUCCUGGAGGCUUGCGAGGGAUUGGUUGGUCUGUUCGAUCUCCUCGGAUCCACCGCGUUCGCUGUCGUCCAGUCCGACUUGCGGGGCAACAUUACCAAAGUGCGCACUCGCUACGACGCGCACCCCGCCCAGUCUGGCACCCUCGAGCAGCUCGUCGAGAACGAGAAGGGCGAGAAGAAGCGCGUCGCGACCGAGGGCCUGAUGUGGCUCCUCCGCGGCCUCUCCUUCACCUGCAAGUCCCUUCAGAACGCGCAGGGCGACAAGACGCAGGAGCUCGCGCCCGCCUUCACCAAGGGCUACGAGAACUCGCUCAAGCAGUACCACAACUUCGUCGUCAAGGGUGUCUUCUCGGUGGCGAUGAAGGCUUGCCCGUACCGCAAGGACUUCUACGCGAAGCUUGCUGCGGACCCCGAGGGUGGCGAGCCGGCAUCUCAGGAGAAGGUCGACGCCGAACUCGACAAGUGGCUCGCCGCGCUCGACGCGAUCGUGAAGCGGAUGGAGGAGUUCUAUGCCAAGGGCGGUCACUCAAAGGGCUUGUAAACGGACUAUAUCAUGACUGUAUGGAUCUAACCGCGGAAUUCACUGUGUAAAGCGCACCAGUUAAUCUCGGCUGGGGAACACAAGCCUGAGGGCCACGAGACGAAACUGAAGUCAAAUGCAAGGUUGUAUCGUACAGAUUUCUUACAGCAGGGACUAUUGUCCCACUCAGUGGUCGCUACGAAUUAGGAGACCCGCACAACGACCUUGCCCAU